AUGUUCAUCACGUUGAAAUGUCCUCCCGGUGAUGGAGCGAUGGAGCAGGUGGUCGCUCGUGGCGCGAGCCCUGGCCAGCAAGAUCAAAGUCGCAAUCGCGCUCGACCGUCUCGAAGGCCAGCUUGUAUUUCCUGCCAGACAAAAAAACUUCGGUGCACUGGCCCAAAAGGCGACUGCGACAGAUGCCGCGCCAGGGUAAUUCCCUGUGUUUUCCCGACGAGUUCAGCAAAGAAUAAUCGUUCUGCUUCUUCUUCUUCUGUUCAAGGGCCUUCGCGGCAGGAGAGCGGCGCACAGCCCUUGGAAAAUGCUCUCGAACCAGGCGAUCGUCAGCAGGAACCAACAGUAUCUGCUUCUGAUAGUAAUAAUACGAAUGGCAGCUUGGAAGGAAAUCCUUCUGACAAGGAUACUAAUGAUACGGAAGUGAACUUUCAUAACGACAUGACGCAGCUACUUAUGGACAUGGAGGACCUCGACCGAAGUCAUCAGAUGGAGAAUCCUGAUCCAGGAAAUCAAUAUCCUGGUGAUCUGGGCGACAUGUCCCAUCUGCAAUAUAAUUUAUUGCCGCCGAACUUGGCGCACAAUCUACCGGCAUGGCUAACAAACGAAACAUGGGCACAACAAGCAAUUCAAGACCUCCUCCCAAUGACCGAUGCACAGAACAGAAUCCCAACCCCGUCGAACCCGGCAAACCUCGACCUUAGUCGUGAUGAUUCCACCAGCUGGAACAGCAGUCUUGGCUGUCCCUGCAUCCACAGCACGGUCCGGGUCGUCCAGCAGCUCGACGACGACGAUUUCCGGAUAACGGCGCUUUCCCUAGACCAGGUGGUCCAGCUGCAGAAAUGGAUCAUUUCGCAGUGCGGCAAGCCGCUGGACUGCCCCAAUUGCCGAUUUCUCCCCACGGUCCAUACGGUUCUGGUCAUCAUCUGCGAUCGCCUGUCGGAGAUGUUCGAAUGCAUCUCCAAGAGGAUUAAGAGGGCGAAUCAACGGCUGUCAGGACAGGCCUCCUCCGAGGAGAGCACUGAAUCGGCCGAGCCCUGUGCCGCAGAUAGCAGUCGCAACGCGAAUUGUAAUCCUGACUUAUUCUCGUCCGAGUUCCAGAACACGUAUUCGGACGAAGAGCAAGUGCACAUGAUCCGGGUGCUGCUGAAGCUGCAGCUGCGCAACUUUCGAGCCCUGCUCGUCCGUCUCGACGGCGUGAUCCAGAUCGCGGGCAGCGAGGCCCGGCGGUCGAAGGUAAAAUCGGUCAUGCUGCGGCUGGGCAGGGCGGCAACAGAGAUUGACAAUGCUCUGCGCGUGGUCUUGCAGUUCUUUGUAAUGAGCUGA